AUGAAGUUGUCCACACAACUUCUUCCUUUCUUCCUCGCUCUUGCGACUUCAGCUUCGGCUGCUUCCCCAAGCGAUCUCCAAGCGCAAAUUGGACACCAUGUCAUCUACUCUUACCCCGGCCUCGAGCCACCAGCCCAUCUCCUCAACCUGAUCACUGAAGGCAAAGUCGGCGGUAUCAUCGUCUUCGGCGAAAAUGUCAGCGACAACCUAACAACUACAAUCGACAACUUCCAGAAGACCUAUAAGCAGAGUCCGUACUAUUCAGGCAGUCCUUUGUUCAUCAUGACAGACCAAGAAGGCGGCAAAGUGCGUCGAUUGCCCGGCGGACCAGUUCAGAGCGCUAAGCAAAUCGGCCAGGCCGCUGACCCAGAAGCGGCAGCGACACAGAUGGGCAAAGAUGCCGCGAGCACCCUAGAAGCAUUCAAGAACAACGUCAAUCUAGCGCCCGUAUUGGAUGUUUAUCGCGAGGCUGGAGACUUCACCGAUGCCUUUCAGCGCUCUUUCAGCAACUCAACCCGCGUCGUUGGAACAUGCGGGUCGGCAUUUAUCAGCGCGCAGCAGUCGGCUGGUGUGGUCGCUUCCGCGAAGCACUUCCCUGGCCUUGGUGCACCAGGCGCAGAUGAGAACACGGAUCUGCGGCCCGUUACCAUUGACUUGACCAUCGAAGAGCUGCGCAAGGUGGACAUGGCACCAUAUACCAAGGCGAUCGCGGCAGGCGUAGACAUGAUCAUGGCUUCUUGGGCUAUAUAUCCUGCUUUGGACACGACGUACCCCUCCGGGCUGAGCAAGGCUAUUAUUCAAAAUGAGUUGCGGGAUAGGCUUGGCUUCAAGGGUGUCACUAUCACCGAUGCUGUUGAGGCCGGAGCGCUAGAGGCAUUCGGCGAUCAGGCUGCUCGUGGGUUGUUGGCUGCACAGGCUGGUAUGGAUAUCUUGCUUGCGUCUAAGAGGGAUGUCACUCAGGGAGAAGAUAUAUAUAAUGCUCUGUUUGCUGCGUUGCAGGAUGGGUCGUUGGACCAGGAUGCAUUUUCUGCUGCAACCCAGAGAAUCCUGGAGGCUCGGAAAAAGCUUGUUUAG